AUGGAGUGUGGAGUGAGACAGGGAGGGCUGACGUCCCCUAGGCUGUUUAAUUUGUAUGUGAACCAGCUGAUUGAGAGGCUCAGUGGAGCUGGUGUCGGGUGUUCAAUAGAUGGCAUACGCAUGAAUAACCUUAGCUACGCCGACGACAUGGUUCUACUGAGCCCCUCAGUUGGGGGUCUGAAAAGGUUGCUGCAACUCUGUGAGGAGUAUGCAGAGAUGAAUGGACUCAGUUACAACGCCAAAAAAAGCGAGUUCCUUGUUUUCAGGGGAAAGAACAAACUAUCCAGCUUUAAACCAAAGAUACAACUAUGUGGUAAUCCCCUGAAGCAAGUAACUGAGUUCAAGUAUCUCGGUCAUGUAGUAACCGACAGCCUGAGGGAUGAUAGUGACAUGGAACGAGAGCGCCGGGCUCUGUCGGUCCGAGGCAAUAUGUUAGCCCGCAGAUUUGCGCGCUGUACUGGGCAAGUAAAGUUGACCUUAUUCAGGGCUUACUGCCAGUCAUUCUACACGUGCAGUCUGUGGACGGACUACAGGCAGCGGACCUACAGUGCCUUGCGUGUUCAAUAUAACAAUGUGCUGAGAGCGGUGUUGAGGAAGCCUCGACACUGCAGUGCGUCGGCAAUGUUUGCGGAUGCUCGCGUGGAUGAUUUCUACGCGAUCAUGCGCAAGCGUGCCGCGUCCAUGAUGCGCAGGCUAAUGAGUAGUACCAACACUCUUCUCAGCGCAUUGUUCGGUUGGGGGCCCUCUGUAUUCGCGGGGCCCUGGGCUGCAGCCCAAAAAGCCUUUAAGUAG